AUGUCCCCCGAGGACAAAGAGCUCAACGUCGACCGGGUCGCCGUCAUCGGCGCCGGACCCUGCGGCCUGGCCGCCGCCAAGUACCUCCUCGCCGAGAACAAGUUCUCAAAGGUGCAGGUCUUCGAGCAGAGGGACACCGUCGGCGGCGUGUGGACCUACAGCCCCCUCAACGUCGUCGACGGCGACUUCACUAUCCCGCGGACGCGGCCCACCCGCAACCCGGACACGGCCGUCGCCGUCGAGGGCCGCGCCGCCAAGCAGUUCGUCUCCCCCGUCUACGACCACCUCGAGACCAACAUCCCGCACACCCUCAUGAACUACUCGGACCGCAAGUUCCCCGCCGACGCCUCGCUGUUCCCGUCCCACCAGGUCGUCAAGAAGUACCUUGAGGGAUACGCCGAGGAGCUGCGGCCCGUCAUCUCGCUGUCCACCCAGGUGCUGUCCGUCAACAAGACAUCGGACGCCACCGGCGGCGGCGGCGGUGGCGGCUGGGAGGUGGAGACGCGGGACCUCGGAACGGAUGAGACGACCAGGGCCCGGUUCGACGCCGUGCUGGUCGCGAGCGGUCACUACAACGACCCUUUCAUCCCUGACAUCCCCGGCCUGGCCGACUUCGACAAGGCUCACCCGGGAUCCAUCACACAUUCCAAGUUCUACCGGAACGCGGCACAGUACAAGGACAAGAAAGUCAUCAUCGUCGGCAACUCGGCUUCCGGCAUCGACCUGAGCGCGCAGAUCUCGGCGGUCUGCGCCCUGCCCGUCAUUGUCUCCGAGAAGACGGUCCCCAACGCCCCGGCCGAGGACCGCUCGUCGUGGGCCAAGACGACUCCGGAGAUCGCCGAGUUCAUCCCGGACGGCCGCCGGGUCCGCUUCGCCGACGGCACCGUCGAGACGGGCAUCGAUGCCGUCGUCUUCUGCACGGGCUACUUCUACAGCUUCCCCUUCCUCCGCGACCUCUCGCCGCCCGUCGUCACCGACGGCGCCCGCGCCCGCGGCCUCUACGAGCACCUCCUCUACGCCCACGACCCGACCCUCGCUUUCGCCGGCGUCCCGCAGCGCAUCGUCCCGUUCCCCGUCUCCGAGGCCCAGGCCGCCUACGUCGCGCGCGCCUGGUCGGGCCGCCUGGCGCUCCCGGGCCGCGACGAGAUGGCGGCGUGGGAGGCGGCGGCGCUCGCCGAGAAGGGCGAGGGCAAGACGCUGCACAACCUCGCGUUCCCGAGGGACCUCGAGUACAUCAACAGGCUGCACGCGCGCAGCCUCGCGGCCGAGAGGCGGCCCGGCCUCGACAACGACGGCGCCGGCAAGAUCCCGCCGUUCUGGGACGACGAGAAGAGGUGGACGCGGGAGCGGUUCCCGCUCAUCAAGUUGGCGUCGCGCAAGCUGGGCGAGAGGCGGCACGAGGUGACGACGCUGGAGCAGCUCGGCUUCGACUACAAGGCGUGGAAGGCCGGCGUGGACGAGGAGGAGAAGCUGUUCCACAACUCAGUUCUCACACAACGUUGCCCCCCUAACACGUCCGCCGAGCAGAAAGAUCCCAUCAUCUUGACCCCGGGCAAGGGCGGUGCCUUUGAGCGUGUCGACGCCCAGUUCCGCAACUUCAUCUCCAGCGACCCCAGCGCCAAGUUUCCGGCCGAGAAGGGCCGCUAUGCGCUCUACGUCAGCCCGGGAUGCCCAUGGUGCCACCGCGUCAUGAUCGUCCGCGCCCUCAAGGGCCUACAAGACGUCGUGGACCUCUACACCUGCGCAGUGUUCAUGGGCAAGGAGGGUUGGCACUUCGACGACGGUCCCGAGGCCGCCGCCAUCGGCGUCCUGCCCGAGGACCCCGUCUACGGCUUCAAGACCAUCAGGGAGCUCUACCGCAAGGCCAGCCCGGGCUAUGAUGGCCGCGUCACCGUCCCCGUCCUCUGGGACAAGAAGACGCACGCGCUCGUCAGCAACGAGUCGAGCGAGAUCAUCCGCAUGCUAUCCGCCGAGUUCGACCCCCUCCUCCCCGCGGCCGACCGCGAGUGCAACAGGCCCGGCGGCGGGCUGUACCCGGAGGCCCUGCGGGCCGAGAUCGACAGCGUCAACGACUGGGUCUACCACGCCGUCAACAACGGCGUCUACAAGUGCGGCUUCGCCUUCAGCCAGGCCGCCUACGACGAGAGCGUCGAGGCCCUGUUCGCGGCGCUCGACCGGCUCGAGGACCUCCUCAAGGACCGGCCGUUCCUCCUCGGCGACCACGUCACCGAGGCCGACGUCCGGCUGUUCCCGACCCUCGCGCGCUUCGACGUCGCCUACGCCACGGUCUUCAUGUGCAACCUGGGCACGAUCCGCGGCGACUACCCGAACCUCCACCGGUGGCUGAGACGGCUGUACUGGGACCGCGGCGCGGGCACGCGCGGGGGGGCCUUCUUCGACACGACCGCGACCUGGCUGCCGUUGUACAAGGCGGGCUACGCCCAAGGGCGGGCGAGGGUAUUGGGGAUCAGCGGGCCCGUCAUCGUCCCCAAGGGCCCGCGGGUUCUGAUACACGGCCUGGAAGACGAGGAGAGGCUGGCGUUCUGA